AUGACUACUAGAUCUAUUGUGGUCGAUGACACCGAUCCUAGGGUACAAUAUAGUCUAGGCUGGUUUCAAGACCAUGGGAGUCAGGACACCUUUGGAACUUUUGGACCACCCUACCUCAGCACUUUACACGGCACCACGAACGGAAGUUUAUCUUUUGCCUUCAAUGGGAUAAAAGUGUCCGUCAUCGGUACCAUCGACUUGGGAACCCCAUACCCCAUUUUCGAUUGCUUUCUUGAUAACAAUAACAUUGGCAAGGCAAUUGGGGCGCUAUCGCGAGAAAAUAACUUGAUAAUUUGCGAAAAGGAUAGACUUGUAGACGGACCUCACACACUUACUGUUAACGCAACGGCCUCUAAUGGACAGACAUUUUGGUUUGAUAGCAUCCGGUAUGUCCCUUCGGCAUCGGUACCCCUCAUCAAUGAGGUUAUAUAUGUGAAUCCUCUGGACCCAGCGCUGCAGUACAGCAAUGGUUGGGCGCAGUACUUUUAUGGUACUGCGAACUUGGUCAAUAUGACAAGAACGUUCAAUUCGAGUGUCAAAUUUCCUUUCAUUGGCAGUUCUCUCAGUUGGUAUUCCUUAUUCCCGUCCGGGUUUCCUCAUUCCCCCACGCUUGGCACAUAUUCGGUCGAUGAUCAAAAUCCAGUUGUCUUUUCAUUGAACAGCCUUGCUGCGAACUCGAACACCACUUUAUAUAACCAGGAAUUUUUUCAAACGGCUCGAUACGCGUUAGGUCCUCAUGAAAUUACCGUCACCUUUCUGGGAAAUGAGUCGACGGCACCUCUCUCUCUCAACUAUCUUAUCAUUCAGAAUGGGACUUCUGCAUUGGAUAAUCCAUCAACAGUUCUGACUAUACCCGGUCCUACCCUCUUGCCGUCAUCUGCUAAAGGCAAGGGUGAUAGCACGACGGAUAAAAGCCACACUCAAGGUGUGAUUGGUGGGGUGGUUGGGGCAGCAACCGUCGUCAUCAUACUCUCCAUAGCGUUCUAUUUUAUUUUUAACAGGCGCCGGCGCCAUAAACGACAUGAACAACCCAAUGAAGGCAACUCCACCGCUAUGAUCCAACCAUUCUGCCAAUUUCCUGGUCGUCGGUAUGUUCCCGUAAAUCAUUUCCAUAAUACCUCUGUCACGGCUUCCACACGAAUCGCGGCCGUGCUUCAUAGUGUACCAACGCCAGUUGAGGCCGCAAUGAAGGCAUCAAUCACUUCUGCUCCACCUCCAAGAUCAUUAAGUACCGAGCUUCAAUCAAUAGGAAUGUACACCGCCGAUGGACCAGGGCAAACGUCUCCAAUUAAUUCCUUGCCCACCAGUAUUGUCCACCCGCCGUUAAUGCAACGGCCACUGUCAGCUUUACCUCGAAUCCCUUCUGAAAACCGUCCGUUCCCCGUACCCAGACCUACCCAGACGGUGAUACACGAAGAUAGCGGUCUUCGGAUCCCAAAUUUUAUGGCCGAAGACUCUUCUUCGAAUACUAUUGUGGAAAUGCCUCCGCUAUAUACAGCAAAUUAA